GGCCCCGCACCGGUACAGCAGCCACAGCGGCUGGUGCAGCAGAUACCGGCCAGGUACACGACCGCAGCUGCGAACAUCAGGAAUAGGCCACCCGGCGUGGCACUAACAUCAGCAGGCAUCGUCUGCGUCUCGCAGGCGCAAGUCAUGACACCGCCUCAGUCCUUGGGCGUCAAAAUAGUGCCCGCCCCCACCGUUUCCUCUGUCACCCAACAGCUGGCCAUACAGACUGCUCCCAUGACGGUCGGCGGUCAUGAUGCUGCCAGCGUUGUGCCCCAAAUGUCCCCGGACACGGCCAAGAAAAAGUGCAGAAACUUUUUCUCGACACUGAUUCGCCUCGCCAGCGACCAGCCUGAGAACACGGCCGCGAACGUAAAGCGCCUAAUUCAGGGGCUCGUCGACGACACGAUGCAACCCGAAGAGUUCACUACCAAGUUAGAGAAAGAACUAAGCUCUAACCCACAACCGUGCCUGAUCCCAUUUUUACGCAAGAGUCUUCCUUUACUGAGGCACGCAAUGCUGACAAACGAACUCUCCAUCGAUGGCAUUCGUCCUCCACCACGCAGCGCCCUCUGCAUACCGACGCAUUCCCCUCCUAUCGCGCGUAGCCUGCAGAAGACCGCCGCAGCCAGGGCGUUGUUGCCACGUACCGCAGCCGCGCAGCUUCAGAUGAUCCCCCAGAGCGCUCUAGCAGCCGCUCAAAUGGCCGGUCCCGUCGAUCUGCAGGGCCUGCUCAUCCAGCAACAAAGGCUCACAGCAUCCGUCCGUGCAGCGCCCGGCGGCAUCGUCGCACCAGGAGGCGGCAAGAGCCUGCUGUUGGCCAGGCCUCCCAACUUCGUCGCCGCUCUUCCGCCUACCACUGGCGGCGUCUUACCUUUCAAGGUGCCGGCUCCCGUGUCGACGGCGCCGCAGCCGAAGGGCCCCCUCUCCGCAUCGACCGGAAGCAUUGGCGGCGGCGGAGGGGCAAGCACAGCGAAAGAAAAGCGAUCCGCGGGGCCAGCGUUGAUUGACGAGGACAUCAAUGACGUCGCCACCAUGGGAGGUGUCAACGUGGCCGAGGAGAGUCAGACGAUCCUCUCUACCGGCACUGGCGACGACGGCUCUGAGGUACAAGCGCGCUCUUGCAAGGACGAAAACUUCCUCUUCACCGCCGCGCUGCACAAGAGGAUCAGUGCCCUGGCCGCAGUCCACGGCAUCGACGAGGUGCCGGACGACGUCGUGGCCCUGGUGUCCCACGCGACCCAGGAGCGCCUGAAGACGUUCAUCGAGAAGCUUAGCGUGAUCGCCGAGCACCGGCAGGAGAACGCUCGCAGCGAUCCGCGCUGCGAGGUCACGCAGGACGUCCGCCAGCAGCUGCGCUUUCUGGAAGAACUGGAGCGGGCCGAGAAGCGGCGUCACGAGGAAGAGGAGCGCGAAAUGCUGCUCAGGGCGGCGCGGAGCCGAUUGAGGGCCGAGGACCCCGAGCACCUGAAGCUGAAGCAGCGAGCUCGAGACAUGCAGAGGGCCGAGAUGGAAGAGGCGAGGCAACGCGAGGCCAACGUGACAGCGCUUCUUGCCAUCGGAAACCGUAAGCGGCCCAUGCCUGUCGCAACACCGGGUGCAGUGCCUGGGAAGCAGCCGACCCCUUACAUUACUCAUGUGUACAGGCCUCGACUGAAGCGGGUCAGCACGCGAGACGUGCUGUUCCUCAUGGAGCAAGAACGGAACAAGUUCCACCGCGAGUUCAUCUACAAGGCGUACAUGAAGUUCUGAACAGACUUUCUUUGCAUCCUUUGUCAUCAAGUGACUUCUGUGCAUGCAUUUGGCAUGCACUUUUCUGCUUUAUUGUUGUUACCACAUCUUGUUGUCCAUAAAAGGGUUCAUGUACCAGUGCGAAACGUGUUCUUUUCGGGGCAAAAACGCAAACAGCGCGGACAGAUUCCCUUUAAGAGCAAGUACGUACUUAUGUGAAGGCCGCCGAGCGGGUGUUGGUGAAUAAAAUAACAUACAUAUUAUUCGACGCG